CUUAAAGCAAAUUACAGGUUCAUCUUCUCAUAUUCUCACUUCUAAUUCUAUACCUUUUCUGCUAUGUUCUUCAGAUUCUGACUUUGCUCUGUUCAAUCUUAAUUUCAUCUCUUAAUCUUUCAUGUUACCCAUAUGAAGGAUAAUCUUGUUUCUGGGCAUUUAGUGUUCAAAUGGGCAGCAUCAGUUCUGAGAAACUAAAGUUUUGCAUUGAUCGAGGGGGAACAUUUACCGAUGUAUAUGCCGAACUCCCUGGUCAAACUGAAGGCCGUGUAAUGAAACUUUUAUCUGUUGAUCCUUCUAACUAUGACGAUGCUCCAGUUGAAGGCAUCCGCAGAAUUUUGGAAGAAUACACCGGGGAAAAAAUUCCUCGGUCCUCCAAGAUUCCUACUGACAAAAUUGAGUGGAUACGGAUGGGUACCACCGUGGCUACAAAUGCCCUGUUGGAGAGGAAAGGAGAGAGAAUCGCUCUAUGUGUUACGCAAGGAUUUAAGGAUCUACUGCAAAUCGGAAACCAAACCCGUCCGAACAUAUUUGAUUUAACUGUAUCCAAGCCCUCGAAUCUCUAUGAAGAGGUUGUGGAGGUUGAAGAAAGAGUUGAACUUGUUCUUGAUGAAGAAGAGAAUGUUAACUCAUCAUCUGUAUUUAAAGGAGUUUCAGGUGAACUCGUAAAAGUUGCAAAGCCAUUGAACGAAAAUUCUUUGAGGCCUUUGCUGAAAAAGCUCUUGGAAAAGGGUAUAAGCUGUCUUGCUGUUGUGUUGAUGCACUCUUACACCUACCCACAGCAUGAGCUCUCUGUAGAGAAGUUAGCCUUGAGCAUGGGUUUUCGACAUGUAUCUUUGUCGUCGGCUUUGACACCCAUGGUUCGAGCAGUUCCUAGGGGUUUAACUGCAAGUGUGGAUGCAUAUCUUACCCCAGUAAUCAAAGAUUACUUAUCUGGAUUCAUAUCGAAGUUUGAUGAGGGCUUGGGGAAGGUUAAUGUUCUAUUUAUGCAAUCGGAUGGAGGGCUAGCGCCGGAAAGUAGGUUUUCCGGUCAUAAAGCAGUUUUAUCAGGCCCUGCUGGUGGUGUUGUUGGUUAUUCACAAACUUUGUUUGGAAUCGAAACGGAUAGGCCUCUUAUUGGGUUUGAUAUGGGUGGUACAUCCACAGAUGUUAGCCGUUAUGCUGGUGAAUACGAACAGGUGCUCGAAACGCAGAUUGCUGGAGCAGUUAUCCAAGCACCUCAGCUUGACAUAAAUACCGUGGCUGCUGGUGGAGGUUCAAAGUUAAAAUUCCAAUUUGGAGCCUUCAAGGUGGGACCGGAAUCAGUGGGUGCGCACCCUGGCCCCGUGUGUUACAGAAAAGGAGGUGAAUUAGCAGUUACAGAUGCAAAUUUAGUUCUGGGUUAUGUUAUUACUGAUUAUUUUCCCUCAAUUUUUGGGCCCAAUGAAGACCAGCCAUUAGAUGUAAAUGCAACUAGAGAAGAGUUCAAGAAGCUCGCAGAUCACAUAAACUCUUAUAGGAAGAGCCAGGACCCUUCCGUGAAAGACAUGUCUAUUGAGGAGAUAGCUCUUGGGUUUGUUAAUGUUGCAAACGAGACAAUGUGUCGUCCAAUACGCCAAUUGACAGAGAUGAAAGGCCAUGAGACUCGGAACCAUGCUCUUGCUUGUUUUGGAGGUGCUGGCCCCCAACAUGCAUGUGCUAUUGCUAGGGCGUUGGGCAUGAAAGAGGUAUUGAUCCAUAGAUUUUGCGGUAUACUAAGUGCAUAUGGCAUGGGACUAGCUGAUGUUGUCGAAGAGGCUCAAGAGCCAUAUUCAGCUGUUUAUUGUCUUGAAUCUGUUCAGGAGGCUUCUCGUAGAGAAGCCAAAUUGCUGGAGCAGGUGAAGCACAAGCUUCUAGAACAAGGCUUUAGAGAAGAGAACAUAAAAACCGAGACUUAUUUGAAUCUACGGUAUGAGGGUACAGAUACGGCAAUCAUGGUUAAAAGACAAGAAAGUGAUGGUACGCUAGUAUUUGACUACGCAAGUGAAUUUGUGAGUCUGUUCCAGCGGGAGUAUGGAUUCAAAUUGCAGAACAGGAACCUCCUUGUUUGUGAUGUAAGAGUUCGAGGUGUCGGAGUCACUAAUAUCUUGAAACCCAAGGCUCAGAAUCCUAAUCCAGGAACUCCGAACAGUCAAUGUCUUUGCAAGGUUUAUUUUCAAAACGGCUGGCAAGAGACACCUUUGUUCAAGCUUGAAAAUCUGGGUUAUGGUCACACCAUCCCUGGCCCAGCUGUUAUCAUGAACGGUAACAGUACAUUGAUUGUGGAGCCAAAUUGUAGAGCUAUGAUUACAAAAUACGGAAACAUCAAAAUUGAAAUCGAGUCUACUUCAAACGUAACGAAAGUUUCUGACAAAGCUUCAGAUGUGGUGCAGCUUUCGAUUUUCAAUCACAGGUUUAUGGGGAUUGCUGAGCAGAUGGGACGGACUCUACAGAGAACUUCAAUAUCGACAAACAUUAAGGAGCGGCUAGAUUUUUCCUGUGCUCUUUUUGACCCGGAUGGAGGGCUUGUAGCUAAUGCCCCUCAUGUCCCGGUGCAUCUCGGAGCUAUGUCAAGUACUGUUCGUUGGCAAUUGAAGUACUGGGGUGAUGAUCUGAAUGAAGGAGAUGUGCUAGUCACUAACCAUCCUUGUUCAGGGGGUAGCCAUCUUCCUGAUAUAACUGUCGUCACGCCUGUCUUUGAUGACAGAAAACUGGUGUUUUUUGUCGCGAGUAGGGGACAUCAUGCUGAAAUCGGAGGUAUUACACCUGGAAGUAUGCCUCCUUUCUCCAAAGCCAUAUGGGAAGAAGGCGCAGCCAUCAAAGCCUUCAAGCUUGUGGAGAAGGGCGUAUUUCAGGAGGAAGGUAUCGUCAAACUUCUCCAAUACCCAUGUGCUGAUGAUCCUGCUCAUAAGAUCCCAGGAACCCGGAGGCUCCAAGACAACUUAUCAGAUCUCCAUGCUCAAGUGGCUGCUAACCAAAGAGGCAUUUCACUCAUCAAAGAGCUAAUUGAACAAUACAGUCAGGAGACUGUCAAUGUAUACAUGAAAUAUGUACAGCUUAAUGCAGAAGAAGCCGUCAGAGAAAUGCUCAAAUCAGUGGCUGCUAAAAUGUUAUCUUCAUCGAGUGAAGCUAAAGCCGGGGACAGUGUAACCAUUGAAGAAGAAGAUUACAUGGACGACGGUUCUACAGUCCAUCUCAAACUUACAAUUGAUUCAAAGAAGGGUGAAGCAUUUUUCGAUUUCUCCUCAACAAGCCCGGAAGUAUAUGGCAAUUGGAAUGCACCCGAAGCAGUUACAGCUGCUGCAGUCAUAUACUGCCUCCGCUGUUUGGUUAACGUUGAUAUUCCGCUAAAUCAAGGUUGUAUUGCCCCUGUCAAAAUUUACAUUCCCCCUGGUUGUUUUCUUUCUCCAAGCGACAAAGCUGCCGUAGUGGGGGGCAAUGUCCUUACAUCCCAGAGAGUCACCGAUGUGAUACUCACCGCUUUCCAGGCAUGUGCCUGUUCUCAAGGCUGCAUGAAUAACUUAACCUUUGGGGACGACACAUUUGGUUAUUAUGAGACAAUCGGAGGCGGGUGUGGGGCCGGUCCAACAUGGGAUGGAACGAGUGGUGUUCAGUGUCACAUGACAAAUACUCGCAUGACCGACCCUGAAAUUUUCGAACAGAGGUACCCAGUGAUCCUGCACAGAUUUGGGCUCAGAGAAAACAGUGGAGGUGCUGGGGCUCACAGAGGAGGAGAUGGGCUUGUGAGGGAGAUCGAAUUCAGGCGACCAGUUAUCGUGAGCCUUCUUACUGAAAGACGAGUUCAUGCUCCACGAGGAUUACGAGGAGGAGAAGAUGGGGCUCGUGGCGCUAAUUAUCUAAUUACUAAAGACAAGAGGAAAAUAUAUUUAGGAGGUAAAAACACCAUUAAUGUGCGGGGAGGAGAAACUGUUGUGAUUUUAACUCCUGGUGGAGGUGGAUUUGGUUCUAUAGAUAGAACAUAAGAUACUGUCUUUGUUUACAUCUUUUUUCAUGCUUUUGCUGUUACUGUCAGUGUUAAGACUGUAACAGACUGUAAUUUGCCAAAUGAUUGGCUUGAUACCAAUAAUUGUUUACAUCUUUGUAUUUUUUCUAUUUUGAUCUUGGUCAGUUAGAAAUUGUGGUGGAUUAGAAAUGUUAAAUGUAGAUGAGGUUUUAAAGAAUAAAGGAUCCAAAUUUGGUAUUAUUGCCAUUAACUUCAA